AUGAAACUUUCCCAUCUUCUUCAUUUCCUUGUGCCUUUGGCUAGUGCACGAGCUGUACCAUACCACCAUCAGAUACCCAUCACCGAAGAAAGCGCCACCGAGGACCUCACAAACGCGAAAAAGAUUGAUCUAGACGCCACUCCUAGCAUCGGCGUCCACUUCACAACAACACAGGCAGUAGUGGCUGCGCGAUAUCCAAAUGGAACAACGAUCGACGUGGUACAAAUUUCUGGAGACGCUGGAUACACAGACCUAAUGUCGCGGUGGAUGUUCCGAUAUUCAGAUUAUGAAAUCCUAAGAAACCGGAACGACAGCGUUGUACUAGCUGCGUUUAUCUCGAGAGUUCACACGACCAUCGAAGCUCAGCUUAAAAUUCCUGUCAAACAGAUCACGCCAGCUGUCGUCUUCCCACUCGGCAGGGCCCAGCAAACGCUAUUCCAAAGCGCUUUGUUACUCACGGGCUUCACAUUGUCCAAAUCCUCCAAGGAAGGCUCCGUCAUAUACCCGGAAUCAUACGCUACUCACGCAGCUCUGGUACACGCCUCGUGUACUCAUCAAAUGCUGCAAGAACAACACCAAAACGUUCUCGUCAUCGCUUUCGACGACAGCUCUUUCAGCGCGAGCAUGCAUCAAACGUCUUGCAAUAGAAAAUCUUCACAGCCACAACCACGCAUGAUCGGCUACGUCGCCCGCUCAGAUCUUGGUUGGUGGAAUCUUCCCGUCUACGAAGCGCCGCGAGCCAAGUUCUGGUCGAAGCUACAGGAAGCUGUCAUUGAUGCUAUCGGUGGGCUGGGGAAGCCACCAGGCAGGAUAGUGCUAUCGGGUCGCCAUGGCGGGGACAGAGAGUUUAAAGGCAAGAUUGAGGAGGCCCUUUGGGCGGAGCUGGAGGUGGAUGUUAGGACGCUGCUUGGAAGCUCUCAAGAGGCGGACAAGGAAUGGCUGGCAGCAAGGGGUGCAGCAGAGCUAGGGACUCACUGA